GUGCGAUGGUGCCCGGGCGGCGGUGGCAGCUGUGACUGAGCCUGAGAGCGGGGCCUCGCCAUGGGCUGCGGGGGCAGCCGGGCCGACGCCAUCGAGCCCCGGUACUACGAGAGCUGGACGCGGGAGACCGAGUCCACCUGGCUGACCAACACGGACUCCGAGAGCCCGCAGCAGGAGGGCGGCGGCGCCGAGCUCGGGCGAGAGCAGGGCGGGCCGCGCCCCGGUCUUCUGGAGGAUGGGAAAUUGGCUCAGACUGGUUUAACUACAGCAUCAGCCCCAUCUGGAACGCUAAACACUGAAAAGAGGAACAACUGUGGUUCUCAGUGUGCCAACCCCAUGGUCCACAGCAUGGGAGCCACGACACAGAGGCAGAAUGGCUUCAGAACCACAGAGAGUAAAUGGAACACACAGAAAAUGUCCACAAAAGAAGUCACCAUUAAUGUUACAAAAAGCAUCAGACAAAGUGACAGAAGGAAAACAAAGAAUUGUGCCAAUUAACAAAGAAAAUUGCAGGUGAGAAUGGAUUUAACAAUGCUUCACUGCACUUUAAAUGUCAUCUGUCGCUGAAGACGUGAAGAUCUCCAGACGUUCCAGGUUGAAUACAGCAGGCAGCUGCUGUUGAGUGCCUUCAGAAGCAGGUCUUGUGGAAACCAGCUGCAGACACUGUAGGAUCUUCAGACGUCAUUUAUCUAAAGCAGUGGCACUACACAGACAUACAACAAAAUUCGUGCCAUUUGUUUUUCACUCACUUCUGUGUUAUCCCUUGGGUAUGUCCUAUUCUGCAUUGCUAUUAAGAUCAGGAUGGAUGAUAAGAGGUACAGCUCAUCACAAUUAAAAUCAGGAAAUGAACAAAUGAAUCUGCAUUUUUAGUCAUAGAGAUUUUUGAGUGUGCACAUUCAAACCCACAGAGUUCUUUUAAAGCACUCACUUUCAAAAAACUCAAACCCAGACUUCUCAGAAAGUGACACACAGGUGACUUCCACUAAAUCUGUUUUCAACUAUAUGUAUUGGUUAUAUAUAGUCAAGUCAUACAGUAACCUUUUUAUAUAUUAAACUUUCAAUUACCUAGUUUUAAUUUAUUGUCUGUAUUGACAUAAUUUUGGUCUUAAAAACGGUAACUUUCAUAUUGACUAGCCUUACUUGAAGUUCUUAGUCUUAGCUGGCAAGUAGAGCUAUGGCUACUUAGUUUUUAUAUAUGGCCCUUUAAUUAUGUUGAGGCCCAGACUGACUUAGAAAAAGGUUGUCAUUAACAUUACAUGAAAAUAACCAUAAUUCUUAAAUCCAUAUUGUAAUGUCAACUCAAAAAAUUAACUUUAUUUUAAGAUAUAAUUAAUUUGCUGUUCAGAAGUUGUUUAAUUGCAUUGUAAGCAUCCUGUAUCACAGUACUCCACGAUUAUCAUGAAUAUACAUCUAAAAGGAAUAUAAACAUUCAGUAUAGUAAAGUCCAGGAAUUAAUUCAACAUAUUACUUCUCAAUAUAGAAGUAAUAAUAUAUAUUCUCAGUGAGUUUGCAUGUUUAUAAGACAAAAGAGGUAAAGUUAUUUGCCUUCCCCAUAGACAUAUAUAUAUAUAUAUAUAUAUAUAUAUAUAUAUAUGAGUAUCCUUAGAGGGCCAUUUAUAAGAACUCUUUAAAAGUUACUCAUAACAGAUAGAUAGCAUUGGGAAGAAAAUCCAUGUAUGAAUGGUAAGAAGUCCUUUUCAUGAGCAAAUGGGUAUAAAUAGAAUUCUGGGACUGAACCCCAAAAAAUUUAUUCCACAUUAGGAUCAUUUUAAUGGCUUGCUGCUAGGUGUGUGAGUACUUAUUACUUUCCAUAUAGUACAACAAGUCUAUGCAAUUGGAAUUGCUUAUUAAUUAUUCCAACAAAAAGGCAAACUGAAAUCCAGAGUUAGUGCAAGACUUUUACAGACCAUAGCAUAUUUUUAAAGGAUUUACUGGCAGAGAGAGUGCAGAAUAAACCAACAUGAUACAGGAAAACUACAGAAAGUGAAUAAUGAUGCUGAUGCAUUAAAGGGUAGAGGGGAUUUUAUACACUCUCCUCAUGUAAUACAUUAAUGUUCUUAUUCAUUAGGCUGUAACUGAAAUUACAUUAUUUCCCAGGUGGCUUUUUAGUUCUUAAUGUGCAAGCUUCCAAUGACCUUAAUAAAACUAAGAGUGGGUUCUAGAAAUGUGUAUUUAUGUUUACUUUCCUUCUACUAGAGAUAACCACCAGUAGAAACAAGCAAUUUGUUUGUAAAAUAAUAUACCAAUCUGUGUAAUUGGGGUGACAGGAUCUAAUCUAUACUGCCUAAGACAAUUUGAAGUCCUAAAAAUAGGUUCCUGUGCUGGUUUUAGUGGAAGAGGCAAGCUCAAAGAAUCAUCUGGACAUUUUCACUCUGGGUGGCCUUCUUGGGAGUGAAGAGUUUUAUUUACAGGGUCUGUUCUUUGAGUAGCAAAUGAAAUAUCUUCCAAAAAUAAAAGGCUCAAAUACAUAAAAUAAAAUAACCAUGGACAUGGACUUUCAGAUAAAGGACCUGUGGGCAUUUCUGUCUUCUUAUGUGACAGGAUUUUUGAAAUGUAAUUUUCUCCCCAAAGGCAUUAUGCCAUAUAAUUUGUUUGAAGUCCCUUGGCUGCACAUGAGGACUUCUACAGGUACACUGAAACAACACGCUUUCUGCUGAAAUGAUUUGCCAAAAGCUGGUGAGUUUUUAGGAUUUACCUGAGUUCAGUUUUCAAACAGAAAGGAACUUUGCCAUGUUUCCAUAAUUCCUACACAAUGUAUAUAUAGGAUUUUCCUUUGAUGUUUGUAUACCUGUAAAAUACAUCUUCUUUCACUAUGUGAGAAAUGGAAUCACUCAAAAGAAAGUGAACAUUUCCAUUGACUAAAGAAGAGCAAGGAUUAACAGUUACCAAUUCAUCAUUAGGCAAAUUAAUCUUCUCAAAGACUCAGUGCAAUUUUAUCUUGCAUUAUUCCUUCAACUUCUCCCCUAUGCUUCCUUAAUGUAUUUCAGAUUUUCAGCAUUACUGUAGGACAUUGACUGGAAGACACAAAAUUUUACUGUGUGACUGAAAUGAUUUUGUACUGAAAAAAUAGGAAAAUAUAAUUAUUGUGCAAGCAAUAUAUGAAUACUGGGUUAAACAUUCAUUCUUGUUAGUUAAAUGACUGAGAUUGCAUAAAAAACAGAAAACAGGUAUUUUCAAUCUUCCUAGUAUGUUCAUAUACAUAGAUAUUCAUAUGUGCAUAUCUCUGCAUGAGUACAUUGUAAUGUCUGUAGUGUGUACUACUGCAGUUCAGACACAUUUUUUUGAGAACCUUUAAUUUCUGUUUUAAAUUCCGAUGCUCAAGUGUGAAAUAUUUUAAUGUUUGAACUGAAAUCUGUUUUACAUGCCUUAUGAAAAGAAUGAGUUAUGUAAUUUUUGCACAGAAAUGGUAUUUGAAAAAAGCAGGCUUAGUUUUAUUUGCAAAUAAUAUGUCUAAAUUCAAACUAGACUAAUGGGAACAUUUUUGUACUCUCAUUUUAGCUGCAAAUUAUUGAAGAUUGACCUUGAACUUGAAAAUGAAGAUAAAGAAAAUUU